GUCGCUGCGGGGCGGUCUCUGUGGUUUCCUGCAUCGUCCAUCCAACUGUCAUAGUAGAGGCUGUCCUUCCUGGCCAGGUCUCAUGCAAAUGAGCUGUUUGAAUAUUCAUCGCAGCGCUUAUUCUCUCAGACCGCAGUAUUUCAUUCGUUCAGUUUGUUCGCGCACUUCGUUGAUUGCAGCACGCCUGUAGUGUUACUAGAUCUACGUGGAAAAAACACAAGUUAGUUCGCUUCGAAGAUCUGAUUUGUUUCCAAUUCCUUCAGGUUCCUAGACGUUUAACCAUCCACACACAGCAUGUCUUGGGGAUACAGCAAAGAAGAUGGUCCAGCCACAUGGGCUAAAAACUUCCCGGCAGCGGGCGGUCCCAGACAGAGUCCAGUGGACAUUGUCCCGGCCUCUGCUGUAUUUGACCAGGGUCUAGCCAACAAACCCUUGACCAUCAACUACUCGGCUGAGGACGAUCUGCAGCUGGAAAACCCAGGGCUCUCAUUCAAGGCCAACAUCUCAAGAGAUGAUGUGAUCAGUGGAGGACCUUUGGACAGUACGAAGUACAAGUUGGUCCAGUUUCACUUUCACUGGGGCAAAGGGGACAAGGAAGGCUCAGAACACACUGUGAAUGGAGCUAUGUAUCCCUCAGAGCUCCAUCUGGUGCACUACAAUGCUGACAAGUACGCCAGUUUCGGCGAGGCAGUCACGGAAAGCGACGGACUGGCGGUUCUUGGCGUUUUCAUCAAGGAAACACUACCAACUACUGGACUUACGAAGGGUCCCUCACCACCCCGCCGUGCUGUGAAAGUGUUAGGUGGAUCGUUUUCCAAGACGUGAUCGAAAUUUCAGCCCAACAAAUUGACUCCCUAAGAAACCUGUGCUGUGAUGAGUGUGGUAAGGAACGUAUCCCGGCCAACUACCGUCCUCCCCUACCCCUUGGAAAGAGAGAGCUCAGGGCGUCUUUCAGACUUUAGAAAGUUUACAUUCAUGACAGAAACUGUGUCCAAAUUAGUUUCUCUUUCUGUUGCUUCUGUGAUAGUAUUAGUAAAAAGUGUUCUAUUUUUAGAAAGAAAGAGUCUAUUACUUAUUGUCACAUUCAAUUUUUUUUAUUGCAAUCUCAAACCAUCACACCUUUGGACCUUUUCCCAAACUAUAUUUACGCGCAGUUUCUGUGAAUGGUGUUGAUAGGACGGGGUGGUGCGGGAGGAGAAGGAAGGUGAGAGGAGCAGGAAGGUGGGA